CCUCAUCAUGGAUAUGGAACUGCAAACUCGUCUUAAAGCUUACCGAUUCAUUGCCUACUCGGCAGUUACACUUUCGGUUGCUGCAGUUUUUGGGAUCUGCUUCACCCUCCCACUCCUCCACAACUAUGUUGAGGGCAUGAAGAGCCACGUUGACAAAGAGCUUGCUCAAUGCAGACACACCACUGCUGAUAUCUUCUCCGAGAUGGCUCAUAUUAAGAAGGCUAAGAACGGAACCCGGUUCGCCAGACAAGCUGGAUAUGGAGGAGAUGCUGAGUACGAAGAUGACGCUGCUGUUGAGGUUGCCCCAUCCCGUGUCUCUGGAGGAUCUUGCCAAGGAUGCUGCCUUCCAGGACCACCAGGAACCCCUGGACCAGCUGGACGACCAGGAAAGCCAGGAAGACCAGGAGCAUGCGGAAACCACGGAAACCCAGGAAAGCCAACCGGACUACCAUGCGAUCCAGUCACCGUUCCACCAUGCAAACCAUGCCCACCAGGACCAGCCGGAGAGCCAGGACACGAUGGAGCUCCAGGAGCACCAGGAAAGCCAGGAGCCCCAGGAGUCGGAGGAGGAUCCGGAGCACCAGGAGCACCAGGACCAAAGGGAGCCCCAGGAGGCCCAGGACAGCCAGGAAGAGAUGGACAACCAGGACAAGCCGGUCAGCCAGGAUCCAGCUCUUCUGAGCCAGGACAGCCAGGACCAAACGGACAACCAGGACCACGUGGACCACCAGGACAAGCUGGAAGCCCAGGAGGCAACGGACAGCCAGGAGGCCCAGGACAACCAGGACAACGCGGAAGCGAUGGACAGCCAGGAAACGAUGGACAGCCAGGUGCCCCAGGGCAGCCAGGGCAAAGCGGUGGAUCCGGAGAAAAGGGAAUCUGUCCAAAGUAUUGCGCUAUCGAUGGAGGAGUCUUCUUCGAGGAUGGAACUCGUCGCAGACGUUAAGAAUUAGCAAUUUCGAAUUGAUCAUAGAAAUAAAGCAUUUUAUAGUC